CAAAGAGCAGUUUAUGUAGUUGGUAUUGCCCUCCUCCACAGUUUGCAUUCACAUAUGUGCUUCGUUCUCUUUCUGCCUCUUCCUUGGAACUUUGCUGCCUCCCAUCUCCUUGACGUCUUGAUUUCCAAGAUCCCGAUCCGACCAAGUUCAGACGAAGAAAAAAGGGGUCCACUCUCCACUUUCACUUACACGAGACGACAGCGGGGACCAUCGAUCAACUCCACGCGAUAUACUGGGAUCAUCCGCGUAUCGACAGCCCCGAUUUCAGGAUUCUUGGCCGCUCCGGGGUAACCGGGUUUUCGAAACAACAGGCCUUGUCCAAGAAGACCUAUUUUGCAGUUUCUUCCAUACCUCUACCUACCUUACCUUUUACCUAGAGGUACUUUUGCAUCACUUCACUUGCUUCAUCCAGCAUACCUACACUACACCUUAACGGCUCAGUGGCGAUUCUAGCAUCUGCCCUCGACCACUUCCUCGGCACGCACCGACGAUCAUGCAGAUAAUAUAAUUGACGCCAUUCCCUUUUCCGCCCUAGUUCUCGCCCUCGCUCCCGACUUCCCCUUUAGUUCCAUCAACCGCUGAGGCCCCAAACAGAGGCGGUUGUCUAGGUGGUAAUCUACCUACAUUCGGAGCACACCCGAAUAGUGCUGGUUGCCCCCCCGUUCCAACAACAUCAUGUUGCUGGGCGAGCAGACCGGGACGACGGGUCACUUCUCGAAGAUCUCGUCGUCCUUCUCAGCACUUGUCGCCCACUGGCGUUCCUACCGACAUAUCCACCGCAUCGCCCUAGUCAUCUUUGUCCUUUUAACCAUCUUUGUGCUGGAAAGGUACCGGUCCGCACUGGCCAGUACGUUCCAGACAUCAACCGAUCCCAUUGCCGUUCCUGGGGGAAACUCGGCAGCCCAGGAUAACAAUCAUUAUGAACCUUACCCGGAGGCCAAUCAAGGAGGAGGAGGAGGAGGAGGGAAACAUGAGGGAUCCAAGUACGAACAGAUGACUCCCGAACAACUCCUCGAGUUGUCCCAGAAGAACGCCGGCAACAGCACCCUCGGCUUCCACGCCAUCAAGUACAUCAACAUGAAGGCCCGCUAUGACCGCGAGGACGCCAUGGCGCUGCAGGCGUACAUGUCCGGGCUGGAUAUUGAGGAUGCCCCGGCCGUGGAGGCGGAUGAGAUUGAUCCCGCCGGGAUGCCGCCUACGCAUCGGCCGGGAAGGCUCAGGGUGGGGGAGAAGGGAUGUUGGAGAGCUCAUGCUAAUAUCUGGUCCCAGAUGACCCGCCACCGCCUCCCCCCCAUCUUGAUUCUCGAAUCCGACGCCGCCUGGGACCUCAACAUCCGAUCCAUCAUGUCCAAUCUCAACACGCACUUUAUCGAUUUCCUCAACCAAAUCAACUCCACCGCCGUCCACGACCCUUCCUACCAAUCUCCCAACAACCACAACGUCCACGGCUCCCCUUCCUAUUCUGACAAUGGCCCCAUCAAACCCAACCCCGACGACCCCUGGUUGUCUGAACACUGGGACUUGUUCAGCAUCGGCCAGUGCUUCGAGUACUCCCAGGACCGCGAAAUCAAGCUAGUCUAUGACGACGAAAGUGUACCCGCGGGUAAGGAGUACUGGGGGAAGAAGAUGGGGAAGGAGAGGGUGAUUAGGAAGAGUGGGGGGAUUACGUGCACGACGGCAUAUGCAAUCAGUCAUACGGGGGCCGCGAAGUUGUUGUUGAGGGGUGCGAUGGAUUUGGAUAAUCCUGUGGAUUUGUUGAUUCGGAGGAUGGUGAUGAGUCGGGAUCUAGUGGCGUAUAGCUUGUUCCCGCCGGUCAUGGCGCAGUGGGAGUACAUUGGCGGGAUAGGCAUGGCGGAACGAGGCGCGCAGUCGGACAUUAAUGGUGGGAAACAUCGGGAUACCCCCGAGGACGCAGAUAUGCCGGGGUGGAAGGAUGUCCAGGAGAAGGCCACCAUUUGGCAGACCAAGGGACAUCAUCAUGAUGUUGCGUUUGAGAGGAUGGCGCUUAAGGAGGCGUGGACAGAGAUUAUGGGCGAGGGACCCGAGAAGUUGGGGGAGAGCUUGUGGAAUCCUGAGACCGGGGAUUAAAGUCGGUCAGUUUUUGCCAAUUGGGGGAAACAAAAGGGAGGAAAAAAUCAAAGGCAAUUGGAUACAAACAAGGCGAACGGAAGCAAAGGCCAAGUGGCUUCUGCAGUGCUUCUUCACAAAAACAUCACGCUUGAAUCAUUUAUGAGAGUUUAUCUAAUACAUUUCUACGUGCUGCUACAUGUACAUUGCCCCAGUUCUUUGCCUGGCCCUCGAGUUACUCCUGUCAGACAUGUCCAACACCACCACUACCACCACCAC